AUGGGUAGCAGGUCGCAGGCGCUGAUGUAUCUGUGUUCCGAGAACGUAUCGCUGUGUCUGCGUGAUGACGAUGCUGGCGGCGAUGACGACAACAAAGGGGACAAGGGAGGUGCCCGCGGCAGGGAGCGCGUCUGGUCCAGUUGCCAGGACAAUGUCGCAGUAUCGGCGCUUGCCGGCAAAUCAAUCGCUCGUCAGUCUACCUUGAGAGGGAAAUGCAAGUCGUCGCGAUAG